AUGAAUUCAUUCACUUCUUCUUUGUCAGAAUUUCUUCUCCUGGAAUUCUCAAAUGUUCGGAAGUUCCAGAUACUACAUUUCAUUGCGUUCUUCAUCUUCUACCUGGUAGCAGCUGCAGGAAAUCUUCUCAUCAUUGUCGCAGUAGCAUCUGACCACCAUCUGCAUAACCCUAUGUACCUCUUUCUGAUGAAUUUGUCCAUACAAGAUGUGGGGCAGAUUUCAGUAAUCAUUCCCAAAUCCAUGACUAAUUCCCUUAUGAAUGACCGGCACAUUUCUUAUUCUGGAUGUGUAGCUCAAGUCCUUUUCUAUAUUUUGUUUUUAUCAUCCGAUUUCUUUCUUCUAACAAUUAUGGCAUAUGAUCGAUAUGUUGCCAUUUGCAAUCCAUUGCAAUAUGAGAUGGUGAUGAACACACAUGCCUGCUUUCGGAUGGUAAUUGCUGUGUGGAUCAGCAGCUUAUGCUAUGCGAUUUUACACACUGGGGGCACCUUCACACCCUGCUUUUGCUCCAAUGUUGUCAAUCAGUUUUUCUGUGAAAUCCCACAGUUACUGAAGUUGACCUGCUCUGAUGUAUACCUUUUUGAAACUGGAGUAGUUUUAUUAGGAGUACUUGUUGGGGUAGGAUGCUUUGUUUUUAUUGUAGUGACCUAUGUGCACAUCUUCAUUGCAGUGCUGAAAAUCGCUGUUAUCCAGAGAAGGCAAAAAGUUUUCUCAACCUGUAUUCCCCAUCUCCUUGUUUUUUCCAUAUUUAUAUCCACUGGUGGUUUCUCAUACCUUAGAGCCACCUCUGGUUCCUCAUCAUCUUUUGACUUGGUCCUGUCCAUGAUCUAUUCUAUGGUUCCACCGUUAAUGAAUCCAGUAGUUUAUGCAAUGAGGAACAAAGAUAUUAAAAAUGCUCUAUCUAAGGUAUCAUUACUUAGAUACUUUACUCGAAAUUUCUUCUCCAAUCUCAUUCACCAGAGCUGA